UGAUAUUAUACGCCUUACAAUCUGCGUGCUCGAGGGGACAGAAUUGCUCAUGACACCUGUCGAGUCGAACCCCGCCCCAGAAGAACAGCCAGUGGGUGGUAUUGUCGGAAAUGUCGUGUUUUUUUUAUGGAGAUCGGUUAACGUCCUCUGACUAAUAUCAUACUCGAAUGAAUUGGUGUAACGAAACAGAGAAACGUGUUGCCCGGAGGAUGGGAUGUAUCGUGUGGUAUAACAUUGUUGCGCUUUUUCUGUUUCUUGCGAAGAGUGCACAUGUCAGUGCGCAAUGUACACAGCCUGCUGUAAAGGACAAUAUGAAAUUAUUAGAUGAAUACCUUUUAAACACAAGUUUCUCAGAUGCAGCCCAAGUAAAAUAUGAGUGUAAUCCUGGAUAUGUACCAGUUAACAUGAGAGCCUCUAGAAACAUUACCUGUCAGGGAAACCAAUGGUCAGACCUUGCCCUCGAAUGCACAAGAAAAUCAUGUGGAAGUCCUCCAGAUUUCUCAAAUGGGAGAUAUGAUAUACCACAAGGAAUUUUAUUUGGUGACACAAUUACUGGGGUUUGUAAUGAAGGAUAUGUGUUGACUUCUAGAAUAAGUCAAAGAACGUGUCGAUCUAAUGGAUGGGAUGGUAGAGCGCCUGAAUGUGAAGCGGUGAUAUGUCUUUCACCACCAAUCAUAGAAAAUGGCAGGAAUGAUGAUCAACCUGAUACACAAUAUGAAUAUGGAAUGGUAGUGUCCUACAGAUGUAAUGAUGGGCUUACUCUUAUUGGAAGUGCAACAUUGUAUUGUUCUCAAAAUGGAUCUUUUAUUCCAGAGGCACCAAAAUGUAUCUCUGUAUCAUGUGAAAAGCCUGAUGUCCCACACGGAUAUCGGUACGCUGGAAAAGCACCCCCCUACACAAUGAAUAACUUUAUAGAUAUCAAAUGCAAUGAGGGCUAUGAAAUGAAAGGAGACGGUCAUAUUGUGUGUACAGAAAAGGGAUGGAGCCCUGAACCACCGCAGUGCAUUGCCUAUUGUACAACUCCUGUGUUUGAGGGACAUGUCACCAUAUCCAAACCAAAUGAUUCGAAAAAUAAAUUCCUUGAUGGAACCAACAUAACAUUUGAAUGUCAAUCUGGAUAUAAACCAACUGAUGUGAGUGCUUCUAAUCAAGUUACUUGUAAGGACACCAAGUGGACAAAACUGGAGCUCACAUGCAAAGAAGCGUUUUGUGGACCUCCUACAUUUGACGGGCAUGUCACAAUAUCCAAGCCUUUUGACUCCACUAAUAAAUUCCUUGAUGGGACCAACGUAACAUUUGAGUGUAAGUCUGGAUAUGAAGCCAUUGAUUUGAAAGCCUCCAAGAUAGUUACCUGUGUCGACACCAAGUGGACAAAUCUGGAGCUCAAAUGCAAAGGGUUUUGUGGACUGCCUGAGUUUGGAGAGAAUGUCAAACAAGCAACAAAAUUAGACACAAACAAAUUCCCUGAUGGAUCCACAGUAGAAUUUGAAUGUAAAUCUGGAUAUAAAGCAGCUGAUUUGAAAGCCUCCAAGUUUGUUACCUGUAUGGAGACAAAGUGGACAGAUCUGAAGCUCAAAUGCGAAGAUGAAGCUCCUGCUUCUGGUUGGAAUAAGGAACACUUGGUUGGAGUCUGGGUGUGCUUGGGCUUGUGGCUGUGCUUGUGGCUGUGCUUGUAUCACAGGAUGGGAUGUAACGUGUGGUAUAACAUUGUUGCGCUUUUCCUGUUUCUUGCGAAGAGUGCACAUGUCAGUGCGCAAUGUACACAGCCUGCUAUAAGGGACAAUAUGAAAUUAUUAGAUGAAUACAUUUUGACCACAAGUUUCUCAGAUGCAGCCCAAGUAAAAUAUGAGUGUAUUCCUGGAUAUGUACCAGUUAACCUGAGAGCCUCUAGAACCAUUACCUGUCAGGGAAACCAAUGGUCAGACCUUGCCCUCGAAUGCACAAGAAAAUCAUGUGGAAGUCCUCCAGAUUUCCCAAAUGGGAGAUAUGAUAUACCACAAGGAAUUUCAUUUGGUGACACAAUUACUGGUGUUUGUAAUGAAGGAUAUAUGUUGACUUCUAGAAUAAGUCAAAGAACGUGUCGAUCUAAUGGAUGGGAUGGUAGAGCGCCUGAAUGUGAAGCGGUGAUAUGUCUUUCACCACCAAUCAUAGAAAAUGGCAGGAAUGAUGAUCAACCUGAUACACAAUAUGAAUAUGGAAUGGUAGUGUCCUACAGAUGUAAUGAUGGGCUUACUCUUAUUGGAAGUGCAACAUUGCAUUGUUCUCAAGAUGGAACUUUUUCUCCAGAGCCGCCAAAAUGUAUCUCUGUAUCAUGUGAAAAGCCUGAUGUCCUAAAUGGAUAUCGGUACGCUGGAAAAGCACCCCCCUACACAAUGAAUAACUUUAUAGAUUACAAAUGUAAUGAGGGCUAUGAAAUGAAAGGAGACGGUCAUAUUGUGUGUACAGAAAAGGGAUGGAGCCCUGAACCGCCGCAGUGCAUUGCCUAUUGUACAACUCCUGUGUUUGAGGGACAUGUCACCAUAUCCAAACCAAAUGAUUCGAAAAAUAAAUUCCUUGAUGGAACCAACAUAACAUUUGAAUGUCAAUCUGGAUAUAAACCAACUGAUGUGAGUGCUUCUAAUCAAGUUACUUGUAAGGACACCAAGUGGACAAAACUGGAGCUAACAUGCAAAGAAGCGUUUUGUGGACCUCCUACAUUUGAUGGGCAUGUCACAAUAUCCAAGCCUUUUGACUCCACUAAUAAAUUCCUUGAUGGGACCGAUGUAACAUUUGAAUGUAAAUCUGGAUAUAAACCAACUAAUGUGAAUGCUUCUAAGCAAGUUACUUGUAAGGACACCAAGUGGACAAAACUGGAGCUUACAUGCAAAGAAGCGUUUUGUGGACCUCCUACAUUUGACGGGCAUGUCACAAUAUCCAAGCCUUUUGACUCCACUAAUAAAUUCCUUGAUGGGACAAACGUAACAUUUGAGUGUAAAUCUGGAUAUGAAGCCAUUGAUUUGAAAGCCUCUAAGAUAGUUACCUGUGUCGACACCAAGUGGACAAAUCUGGAGCUCAAAUGCAAAGGGUUUUGUGGACUGCCUGAGUUUGGAGAGAAUGUCAAACAAGCAACAAAAUUAGACACAAACAAAUUCCCUGAUGGAUCCACAGUAGAAUUUGAAUGUAAAUCUGGAUAUAAAGCAGCUGAUUUGAAAGCCUCCAAGUUUGUUACCUGUAUGGGCACAAAGUGGACAGAUCUGAAGCUCAAAUGCGAAGAUGAAAGUUUUGAUAAGACAGCACUUGGUUGGAGUCUGGGUGUGCUUGGGCUUGUGGCUGUGCUUGUAGCUGUGGCAUGUUACUUCAAAAAGAAAAACUCAAAACACGAAAAGGUGCCGACUGGAAAUGGAGAGGAAGAUUUAUAACACCCUUACUUCCCUUACUCGUAUGAUCUAAUAAUAGCGAUGAAGUUCCCAAGGAGAAAUGUUAGGUGGAAGGUGAAGAUGCCUCAAAAUGUAUCACACAAGACUGUUUCUGAAUCUUCACUAGAACAUCUGAAGAUCCACUGUUGUGUGUCAAAGCCUGUCUUAAAAUCACUUCACCCAAUACCAAAUGCCAACUUUUUUUCUGCAUUCUGUCUUUAUACACUGAGAAAGCUCUCUUCAUACAAACGUCAUCUUUAAUUUACGUUUAUGAAGGUUUUUUAUUUAUUAUGUAAUUUUAUUUUGAACUCCUGAUGCACUUGAAUGAUUUGAUCACCCUUCAUCCCAAACAGAACCCAGUCAAAAUGGUUGUGCUUUAAAACGACACUUAUUUUGUAUUAAUAUGUCUGGUUUCAAAAAUAUAAAUAUCUUAACUGGAGUAAAUGCAUGGACCCAUACAGAAUGUGAUUUGCUGUGCAAAUUUUAAAUUGGAGUGAGUGUUACCUAAAAGUGCCUUUUUUAUUAGAUUGGAUCAUUGUAUCCUUGAAAUAAGGCUUGUUAAAUUUGUGUUAUAGUUAUUGAAUUUACUAUGUUAGGCCAAAUAAUCAGUUUAAAUUAUUUAUAUUUCUUGUACAAAUGUGAAUGGAUUGUUUUGUUUAUAAUUGUUUGGAAAUACUUAAGAAAUAGGUAUUUAACCACUUAAUAAAAACUGCACUAUUAAAAUUGUCUAUUUUAGAAACAGGUUCAAGUGUGUAGAUGGUUUUUUAAUGGUAGUUUAUAAACUCCAGAUUUUCUUUUUCGUUAUGCAGAGACAUAAUUGAUAUCGAUCCGGUAAACUGACAGUUUAUUAUUAUUCAAAGCAAAAAUAAAACAGUUUCUUUUUUAGCAUGAUGUUAUUAAUAUUGUGUUACAAGAAGUUUCAGAAAACCCUUUUAAAUUUGAUCUGCAAAGUCUUUAAUGCUCCUCUCAAUACUGCAUGGGUUCCUGACACAAAAUAGACUAAGUUGUUUUCUUUUAAUGAUUUAUGCGAAAGUUGCUGAAGCUUUAAAUUGUUAUAUUUUCUACUUAUAAUGUUGAAAGUUUGUUUGCUUAGCAGUUAAUCUGACUGCCUGUUGUGUUUUGUAAUGGUUUUCAUGCAAGUGUACUGCUAUUGUAAUUGUACAUUUAUUACAUUGUAACACAUAUUAUGACACAACAUACAUUUCAUUCAUUCGCAUCAUUCACUUUUGCAUCUAAUACUACUGUUGCUUUUGCUCCUCUGGGUCAGAUCAGAUGAAAAUAAAAAGCGGCACAGGCAAAAUUAAACGCUUGAUUGGGUAACAACUUUCAUAAUCACUGUUGUGUUUCAGAAUCACUUUGCAAUAGGAAAUAACGAGAUAACCUUGCUAAGUUAGGUCAAAUACAGGAUCAAAUGUGUGUACUUUCACUGGAUAAUGGCAUAUAAAAUAAACACAUGCUUUGCUUA